UUCACAUGAUCACUGUAGGAGCGUGACGUUGAAGAGGAGACGCCAUUAGACGGCGAGAAAGAGUCAGUGAGAAUAUUGUCAGCCAGCUGUCCGAGUCGUAUUAUUGACGUCGUUCGGAGGGAUUACUUUCCCUGAUUUGUCUUCGCAUACAUCAAUUUUAUCAAUUGCAUUAACUUAUAUGACCUGCAUGCUACAAUUCUAGCGGGCUACGUUUGUUCCUGAGGACGGAUUUCGCGAUGGCGGCCAGUGGAGCGGGAGGCGGUAGCAAAACCUUUUCUUUCAAGGUGGUUUUGUUGGGCGAGGGCUGUGUUGGGAAAACGUCACUUGUCCUGCGAUAUUGCGAAAACAAAUUCAACGACAAACAUAUCACCACACUGCAGGCAUCCUUCCUUACAAAGAAGUUAAACAUCGGAGGCAAAAGAGUGAAUCUCGCAAUAUGGGACACGGCCGGGCAGGAGAGGUUCCACGCUCUGGGGCCCAUCUACUACAGAGACUCCAACGGAGCCAUUUUAGUGUAUGAUGUCACCGAUGAGGACUCCUUCCAGAAGGUGAAAAACUGGGUGAAAGAAUUAAGAAAAAUGUUGGGAAAUGAGAUAUGUUUAUGUAUAGUUGGUAACAAAAUAGACCUGGAAAAGGAUAGAAAUGUUUCAGUGCAAGAAGCAGAACAGUACGCAGAGUCCGUUGGGGCGAAACACUACCAUACGUCGGCCAAAUUAAACAAAGGAAUCGAAGAGAUGUUUCUGGACCUCUGUAAAAGAAUGAUGGAAACGGCGCAGGCGGACGAGCGGGCGAGGGGCAACGGCGCCAGCCAAUCGGGCGCGUCCAGGCGGGGGGUGCAGAUCGUCGACGAUGAGCCGCAGGCCGCCACGGCGGCGGGGGGGUGCUGCUCGUCUGCCUAGGAAACCGCCCGCCCCACCCCCACCCAACCCAACCCAACACACCCCCCCCCCCCCACCAGGACUGUGGAAUCUGCCCUUCCUGUUCUCCAGCACCCCUCUUCUACUCAGACUGCCAUUGCCCCCACCCCCCCACACGCCCACCCCACACUCGCCCCCAGUCCACUCAGUUAUCACGUCCUGCUCCAUGGAAUAAUGAUAAUGCACUCAGCAGUAUUCCCAAGUAAUCCCAUUUAUGACACUGAAGGGACUCGUGGAGAGGAAGGCGGGGCACGAGGACAGAGGCGACCAGCGGAAAGCGGUUUGGUGUAGCUCUGCUUGCUUAGUGAGCGAGUUCCCACAACCUCCUAAAUCCACAUUUACCCCCUCCCCCCCCCCCACCCCCGUCCCCUGUUUUUUUUAUUCUUUGACUUUGGUAAUGCACAUGCUGUGUUGAAUUCUGGAAAAGGCCUGAUUAUGUUUUACUUUAAAAAAGAGAGAAGAUCUUUAUUAUUUAAUAACUUAUGUAUAUGUUCUGUGGAAAUCAACAGUGCACAUGUUUGAAUCCUUUGUGUCCUUGGGAAACUGUGAAAGUUCUACAGCUCCAGCUUCUGUUUUAAAUUUGCCAGAUACUAUUUUUGCAGUUUUUUUUUUUGCACUGGCCCAUUAAUACGAAUGCUUUUGGCAUACUGUACUUUUCCCUGUUUGCCAAGUCGGUAUAUAAAUCAAAACAACAGCAAAAAAACGCAAAUGGAAAAGAAAAAAAAAACAAAAACAAAAAAAAUACAUUGUACAAUACUUACUAAAUAUUUUAUCUGCUUUUACAAGCUUCGGGGAAUAUACGCAGGUGUAGAAAAGUGUACAUUAGUCUUCUUGUUAAUGAUUGUAAAAUGAAAAUAACAGUUCUCGGUGAAAGCACACUUUUUGGAAUUGUAAUUUUUUUUAACUGCUAGUACCAUAAAUGUUUUGUAAUUCAACAAUUAUAAUUAUUUACUAUG